AGUCCGUAGCCUCUUGGCUCAAGCCCGGCCUCGAGCUCGGGCGCGCCCGGGCCAGCGAGCGGCGCGCCGAGCACGAAGAGGGCGCCGACGCCCGACGGCACCCGGGUGGAGUUCGGCGGCCGUUUCGCCACGUUGGCCAUGUCCGGGGCAGCCGCCAGCAACAUCGCGAGCGGAGGUGAUCCCGAAGCGGUGCCCUCGCCUGAGGAGCAAGAUCUGCUGUUCGCGCAGAGACUCGGCGCUCACACUGAGCCGCUAGAUCGCCAGAGACAGCAGCACUGCGAGAGACGCACUGCCGCCGUUUUGGCGGCUACCAUCCUGGGCAUCGCGGGGACCAUCGUUGCGCUGAGCGGUCGCCCCAAAGGGGGUGUCGUGUUCACAGGAACGGUCAGUGCAGAAGCUUCCAGCCUUGGAGUCGCGGUGUGCGUAUUGGGCCAAACGUCCCGCCUGGAGAUCGACAGCAAAAUUCGAAACAUCGCGGAACCCAUCGCCAAUUUCACCAACGUUGAUUUUUUCUUGUUUCUUGAGUUUGGUGGUGCAGUUUUCAAUAACCAGGAGACGAACGUCAUGGGCGAGGGAUGCGGCAGCACUGCCUAUUCAGUGGAAGAAGUGAAGGAGGCAUUCGCACCUUACUUCAGGGGCGGCAGGUUUGAUCCCCACAAGGGCGAAAACGUCGUACUGGAUAGGUGGCCAAUGCUGUACAAGGACAAGCACCCGGGUGAUAAUUACGCUAACCAUUCAGCCAGGGCGAAGCACAUUGCCAACGUGAUGAGCCAGAUGAGACAUCAAAGGGAUUGUGUCGAUCUCAUUCAACAGCACGAGAAGUCCACAGGUGGCCGAUACGAUGUCGUGUUGAAGGUUCGAGACAACACUCUUGCGUUGCGACCGGUGGUGCCAGAGAAGCUUCUGAAUAUCACGGAGGUCACUUUCAAGCAUUGCGAUUGGUGGGGUGGUCUUCAGGACAAGGUCAUGUUACUCCCGCGCAAGUACCUUGAGAAAACUCUGGGUGCAACCCAUCUGUCCAUGCUCGCGGUUACAAACGACCCAGUGUUGGAUCCGAAGUUGAAGAAGAUGUCGCUGGAGUCGAACAAUACCGAGCAGGUCCUGAAGCACGUGAUCGUCGCCAGCGGCGUUCCUCGUCGCGAGCUGAAGUUCGACGAAGAGACAAACGAAUCGAAUGGCUCUGAUUAUUUGCCUUUUGUGGACGGCAGGUGCCAUCCUGGGGGCACGUCUGGCAGUGAAGACCAGUGGUGUGUCGUGUCGCAUUGCAAGGAUUGCUACCCACGGGCGCCCUGGACAUUCAACGCGUCCUGCUCGGUCAACAUGCACACCGGGCAUAUAUCGAAAACAAUCAAUUUCACUGAGAAGUGCAAGUGGAGUUUUCGCAGGUGAGAAUUCGAUAGAUAUUUGUACGGCAUGCCUACGGAACCUCAAAGAGACUGUGCAUCGGAUUGUGCUGCUCCUUCUGCGCGUGAGCCGGGCUGAUUCUGGCCUUGGUCCACUCGAGCGGGAGCUAGAAGGCGCAGCGGCCUGCCAGGAUGUUGUAGUACGGCUGCAGGAUCUGCAUUUUGUACCUGAGGAUGCGAGAAGAAGGAUGACGAAUAUGAUGAUGGUGUUCACCCCAAUCAGCUUGAGAAACACCCGCUGGAGGAUCCCAGAUUGCACGAAACCACCCAUUGAGUAGUAAGGCUGCCCGAUCGACGUCAGGCACCAUAUUUGGCAAAAUGUGCGGGUGGAUUCUUGUCCGGGCCCGCUGCUCUUGUGUGUUCUUGCACUCCCACAGGAGGUGUCGAGUGGUGGCUGGGACGCCACACUCCUCACAGUCAUGAGGUACAUCAGAAUGUAUAUGAUGAAGGCGAUCCGGGCUAGGCUCAGCCCCGACCACACACCGCCAUGCCCAUGUGCGUUGCAACUUGGACUGCUUGUUUACGAAGUCCCGGAGUGUCUUGACAUCCAGGCUCGGCAGGUCCACUGGCUCUUUGCGAACCGUGGUGGUGCUAGCGUCCCUCAUCAUGAAGCUGCGCCACGCCUCGCGGACGUAGUGUUCCAUCUUAACACCAAGAGGGCUUCAAGACGCUACGGGGGCAACCCCGUGCCCUUGCGAAGUACAAGCGCUUUCCGCCCCUGUGCUAAGCAAUCUUUCGUUUGUUCUUCUCCCUGGAAGGUCCAGGUGAGCUCAGCGAAUAUGUCGAGCUCUCUGUCGAACGCAGUAUCUGUUGUUGCGUUUGUUUGUUGUUUGGCUAUCUAUCUAUCUCCCUCUCUUUCUCUC